AUGUCUACGCCCCGCGGCAGACCUCGCCGCAACGUCCCACCUUGCAGGUUCUGUCAAAAACAGUUCAGGAGAUUCGAGCACCUCGAACGUCAUGAACGCACCCGUAAGCCGGACCCCAACCUCCCGCUGUACACAACAUACCCUCACGUCCUGACAUUGGGCUCCACACCCGAGAACAACCCUUCCUGUGCGAAUGUGGUCGGAGAUUUUCUCGAAGGGAUCUACUUUCAAGACAUCAGCGAAUAUCUCAUGCCGACGGAAUCAUUGCAAGCCCAGAUGACCUGUCUGCUUCGUUAG